AUGCAACACUCGCAAUUUCCGUCGCUGAAAGAAUUCUGGUUUGAAGCCAAAUAUAUCUCUUCAGAAGAGGCCGAGCAACUAUUUCAUGCUCUGUCCCGCUGCAAAGCAUGUCUGACUCUAGAAAAAAUUCUCAUUCGUUCCCUUGAUGAGGGAUACCUUGUACCCCUAAACAGCUCACAUUUGACACCAAUUCCGCAUUUCCUUUGCUUCACGCAGCUCCGAACCCUGCAGCUCACAUUUUAUAAUUCCUGCAUCUACCUGGACAAUGACAUGCUCUUGCAAGCUAUUUCUACUUGGCCGCACAUCCGCGCUCUGGAAAUCGAUAACUCAGGUGGCUAUGUUCCUUGUUCCGAAAUCUCCCUCCGUGGAUUAUUCACAGCGCUUGGUCUAUGUCCACAGUUGCAUAGACUACGAGUUCCAAUCAAUCUUGCAACUAUCGACAUCGAUCCUAACGCUGAGCCAAUACAGCAUACCUCCCUACAAUCAUUGGCUUUGCAGUCAUCCGAGUUUCAAACAGCUGAUGCUGAAACUAUUGCUCGCAUCAUUUCCACCUGGCUCCCUUGUGUCGACCAAGUUCGAAACAUAUAUGGUUCGAGUUGGGUUGAAGUCAACAGGCAUCUUAGAUCUUUGAGAGCGGCUGCUGCGCCGUAUGUUGUCCGCAGAAAGAAACGCACACUGGAAUAGAGCAAAAUAUGAGUGAGGGAGAUAUGUUCGGGGAGUCGAAGGUGUUUAGAUAAGUUGCGGAUUUGUGGAAGCAU